AUGAUGGUUGUUUUCAUUAUGUUGGCUACUCCAACUGCUCUGGACGCCUUGUCAUCGCGCCAUGAUGUAUCGGUCGAAGAGGCAAUUCUAACGCAGCAGGCAACGGCUGUCAAUUUAAUUGCUCUUCUUGGCAUAUACCUCUUCUUCAGACUCAAUACGCACGCCGAGAUGUUCGCUGGCACCCCAAUUCAACACGGCAACUCCGAUGUUCGAAGCUCCCACAACAGAGCGGGAGUGCAAGAUUUACAGCCGCUGAGUGGACCAUGGCGCUCGUUACUUGUACUCAUGGUUGCGUCCCUGUGUGCACUGGCCUGUUCAUUCCAGAUUGUUGACAGUGUCAAUGACGUGGGAACGGUCUUAGGUACCAACCCAUCUUUUCCCGCUCUCACUAUAAUUCCUUUGGUGGGGAAUAUCGCGAAGCAUCGCAUGAUAGUGGAGGGCUCCCGAGCAGAACAGUAUAUAGAGCGUGGCAUUCGUGCGAUUAUCAAUGGGAUAUUGAGGCUCACUAUGCUAGUCGCGCCUCUCAUUGUGACUGUUGGUUGGGUGUUAGAUCAGCCAUUGAUCCUGAAAUUCGAUGCGUUCGAGGCUACCACUUUACUACUAAGUAUCGUUGUCAUGACCUAUCUCAUUUCGGAUGGUAGGAGCAAUUAUUUCGAAGGUUUGAUGUUAAUUGGAACGUAA